UCCGCGUAAAUCAUCAACAGGACUAUUUGCCUUAACUUAGCAAGCUAUCCGUCUUGUCAACUUCUAUUUCUUAUUUCCUUCCAUUUUGCUGUCAAAACGCCACACUGGUGAUGUCGGAAUCAUACGGUAAGGAGGCUUGUUUAAGGGCCGCCGUCGAUCAUAUUUUCGCGUAGCCACAGACACGGGAUGAGGCAGGUGUGCCGAGAGAGCUUUUUCUCACGGUAAACAGAUAGCGGACAGGCUAACGGAAGGCUACUGGCUUUAAGAAAUGCAAUGUCAGCGAAAGUAAUACCAAAGAGCUUAAACAGUAGAUUUCACUCAGGAUGGGUGGAUGAAAUAUUUGUUUUUUGAAGGUUCCAAAUUACCACAGAGGUUAGCGGACAUCAGAGGAAAGGGCUGCAGGAUGAUGGAGCUGAGAUGUGUAUCCUGUACUAUGGUGCACAAACACGACACGCAGGGGAUACGUAUCGAGGCGAUGCAUUGGUUCGUGGGGAAUUGGUGUCAUAGUUUCAACAUUUUACAUUAAGAUGAUCAGGAUCUAAGGAAGUGGAGCUACUACUACUACUAUACACAAUCACAGUGUAUACGUGUACACCCUCAAAGCUAUGUGCCACUAUGCUGUAUUAUGUUCCUGUCUGUAUGGGAAUAUACGUUUGAGGGGAAAAGGGAUAUCUCUAGCUGUUAUUUGUAUCCUUACACAAACACUCAACAUCAAAUAUAGUUAUUGAAUAAUUGUGAUCAAGACAUCUACUGAGCACAACAUGUUACUGUUAAAAAUAACUGAAAACAAACUAUAUAAUGGUGACAGUGUUUAUACACUCACAAACAUGUCUGACAAUUUCCCAAAACAUAUCAGAUGGCAUGUAUAGAUUGAUAUCAAUUUAACUGUGAUAAGCUGAUAUUGUCCAAUACUAAUGUCACAGCUGAGGCUCUAGGUAUGACAAUCAUGUCGGCUGCAACAACACAGACACACUAUGUUGGAUGUACACAUGACCAUUUCUGUGUCUUCUCACCUCAGAUUUCCUGUUUAAAUUCCUGGUUAUUGGAAAUGCCGGAACGGGCAAAUCCUGUCUGCUGCACCAGUUCAUAGAGAAGAGUUGUAAGUCAGAAAGAUGCUACGUGUCCUUCAUUAUUUACGGUUAACAGACAGUUGGUCUGACCUCUAUUGUAAGUGCAGUAUUGUAUUCAACACAUGUGCAAAUCAGAUGAGCCUUGUUCAAUGUCGGUGAGAGAGAAACGUGUCUCUGGAGGUGUUAAGUUCCUCGCUGAACAGGUACGCUGUAGGUCAUCAAUAUGUUCUGCAUCUAAUAAUAAACCCAAUUUAUUUUGUUUUUCAGUUAAGGAUGAAUCCAACCACACAAUUGGAGUAGAGUUUGGCUCUAAGAUCAUCAAUUUGGUCAACAAAAUGGUCAAACUGCAGAUUUGGGACACUGCAGGACAAGAAAGGUUCCGGUCUGUUACCAGGAGUUACUACAGAGGUGCAGCAGGAGCUCUGCUGGUCUAUGAUAUCACAAGUCGAGAGACCUACAACGCUCUGACCACGUGGCUGACCGACGCCAGGAUGCUGGCCAGUCAGAACAUCGUCAUCAUCCUUUGUGGAAACAAGAAGGACCUGGAUGUGGACCGAGAGGUCACGUUCCUGGAGGCGUCACGCUUUGCUCAGGAGAACGAGCUGAUGUUCCUGGAGACCAGCGCUCUAACAGGAGAGAACGUCGAAGAGGCUUUUGUCCAGUGCGCUCGGAAAAUCCUCAACAAGAUCGAGUCGGGGGAGCUGGAUCCGGAGCGGAUGGGUUCGGGUAUCCAGUACGGCGACGCUGCACUACGACAGCUGCGUUCUCCUCGUCGCGGUCAGCCACAGGGAACCCAGGAGUGUAGCUGCUAGUGGACGCGCCCCCAUGACGCUCACAGACGAGGUGAAAGGGCCCGCGGGUUUGGACCUUUGUGCUUUACGUGAGAUGGUGAUAUUAACUAUGCCACAGAAAAAGGUUUUUCCUUCUGCUGCUUGAAGCGACGUGACAUUCUGCUCAUUGCUCUCACGCUUUGCAUCUGCUGCACUCAGCAUCCCUAAUUUUACUUUAGUCAAAAAACUAUUUAUUUAGCUGCUACAUGAAUAAAUGUGAGAGGAAGGAUUUUUGAGAUUUACAGUUAUUCUUGAAGAUCAACAUGCCCGUAAUCAUUCACGAGUCACUGAAAGGAUGAGGCUGUAUUCAUUCUAUAUUUUGUUUUUGUUUCUCAGCCCAUGAAUACACUAAUAUUAUUCCCCAGCUUGUCUGGCUCUAAGAUCCAUAUCCAUAUGUUGCUUUUGAAGACUUAAAUAUUCACACAUUUUAAAGGGUACUUAUUUCAUUAAGUAAGAGGCUAAAUACUUUCCUAAAAUAGCUGGGCACUGUAGUAUUUAGGAAACGAUACUCAAACAAGAAUACAUCAGGUAUUUCCAGCCGCAGUGUCCAUCAUUAUAUAGAUUUGUGCUCAUGAUUUGCUUUAAUUGUUUUUGGACCACAAUGUAAGUACACGACAGAGAGCAGUAAGCUAUUCUUUCCCCAAUAAUGAGUCAAUAAGAUGCACUCAUCGGGUUCAUCAAUAAUACAUCAUUUGUCGAUAAGUCAAAACUAAGUGAUGAUGUUUUAUGUCUCUCUUUGUGCGUGUGACCAGUGUGUUUCUGACGGGUUUGUGACGACCAGGAGGAGAACAGCCAUGGGGGAACCAGGGUUGAGGUUGCUAUGCUGGUGACUCCUCUGACCUUUGACCUUUCAGACCAACCUUCAGCACCUUUUUGUUGUUAUGGCUGCACCUCCCAGCCCCCCUCAGAACUCCGAGCAUCUCCAAGGUAACCAGAGACAGCCCACCCUUCAACAUUCUGCUCCACUAUUGGACGAGACCUUUCCUCGCCCUCCAAUCAGGAUGUGCAUUACUGACAUGGAUGGAACCUCUCUCUCUCUCUCUCUCUCUCUUAUUCACCCUUACACCUGCUGACCUUCCAGCUUAGUACAUCUCAUUUAUUACUACUCCAUAUACCUUCAAUCUGGAAUACUUAAAGGACCAGUGUGUAGGCUUAAAAAGAAAAGUUGGCUGAAAAAACCCCUCAUAUUUAAUUAUUGUGUUUUCAGUAUUUCGUUGCAGUCUGCCACCUCAAAGGAGAUACUCCUAAGUCCUACCCACAUUAAAGGAAAAGGUUCCAUUUUGGGGUAAAAAAAUAUGUUUCAAGUUAACCCUCAUUUUAUGCCGUUGUUUGGUGGAUUUUUAAAAUUGUGUAUCCAGCCAGACUGACCUGGUCUGCUUCUUUGCCUCUCGGCCCCAGAGGUAAACUUGAUGCAUGGACAUAAGAUAUCGAUCUUCUCACAUAAUUCUUGGCAAGAAAACACAUUUAAAAAACUAUUUCUUAACCACAUGCAUAUCCAAAACCCUCUGGUACUAUGGAACUUCCCUUUGCUCCCCACCUGCUCUGACUUCCUGCUUUAAUCGCACCACUAACGGCCGUCUGACUCCAUCUCACGCUCCCUGUAUCCUUUCUUACUCUCCUGGUAAAGAAUCUCCUCCUUGGCCCGACAGCAUCUCGUACACUGUACAGUGUUUCUGUAUAUAGAGACCGACGCAUGUUUUCUCAAGCAAAAUAUCAGAGUAUUUCAUUAUGAAGAGUUGUUAUAUGUAUAUUAAAGUAGAUAUCAUAUCCAACAUCAGUUUUAUGCUCCACUGUAUUAAUAUCACGUUUAGCCACAAUACACUGGCAGUGUGUGAGCAGUAUAAAUGGGCAGUACUGUUUGCAGCAAUUAUGUUUAUUUGUAAAUGGGACGAGCUGAUGUGGAUUUCUUUAUGGACUGUUUCAUCAGUGCCAAGCUCAUAGAUGCAAACCAAAAAAAGGAAAUAUUGUGAGCAAUGGUUUAUUUAAAUAAUGUGUGUGGAAGUCACAGCAUCCUUUAAUUUACAGUAGCAUGUUCAGUCAAAUGACAGUGAAACACUCCUUUACCCAAAAGAUUCCAAUCAUGAGUCAUUUAUAAAUGAUGUUUACACCAAUGGAACACUAACUGAAUGCAUUUUAAGUUUGAGCAUCGUAUGAAGCCGUCCGACGUGUGUUUUGAUUUUCAUUUGUCUCCAAAGAUACUUUAUGCUCAGUCACAGGAAACUCGACAAAAAACAAUUCAACUGGGGGAUUGUGUAUUCAAGCAUCACAAAAACAACACUUCUAUGGUUUUAAUCUUUAUAACAUUUAAGACCCAUGAUGAUUAUGCAUAACACGUUGAAAUCAAGCCCACUUCAAACUGUAGAAAUAUUUAAUAUUAGCAUUCCUCUGAUCGUGGCUGCGGCCGCUCCACGUCAGGUCGCCGUGUCGUGUUUGUGUCUUUUGUCUAUUUAUGGAUGUCUGUUUUUCUCUUGUCAUUAUGAAUAUCAUGGAUUUUUAAUUUAUUGUGUAUGAUAAAAGCAUAUGUUUUUGAAAUAAAAACUCCAAUAAAUAUUG